AUGAGCAUUAGUGAAGACGACGUGGAAAAGUUUCUUGAUGGAAACCCUGAUUUUGCCAAGCAGUACUUUGAGAAGAAACUGAAAACAGAGUCCUGGGAUGACAAUGAAAGUGAAAUACUUUUUGAGUUGAUCCAAGACAUGCAAGAAAGCAUCAACAUGGAGAAAGUUGUUUUCAAGACCUUGAGAAGAAUCAGGUCCCUUAUUCAUGCGGACCGCUGUAGUCUUUUCAUGUACAGGCAGAGAAACGGCACACCUGAACUGGCAACAAGGCUUUUCAACAUCCAAGAGGGAAGCACGCUGGAGGAAUGCCUGGUCUCCCCAGACUGCGAGAUAGUCUAUCCGUUGGACAUAGGCAUUGUGGGCUACGUUGCACAAACCAAGAAAACCAUGAAUAUCAAGGAUGUCAGCGAGUGUGCCCAGUUCAGUCCAUUUGUUGAUGAGCUCACCGACUACACUACAAAAAGCAUCCUUGCAACACCGAUCUUGAACGGCAAAGAUCUAGUUGCUGUCAUAUUGGCUCUUAAUAAGCUGAACGGCCCAUACUUCACCAGCUCUGAUGAAACACUUUUCCUGAAGUACCUGAAUUUUGCAUCCUUAAACUUGAAAAUUUAUCACUUGAGUUACCUUCACAAUUGUGAGACUCGAAGAGGCCAGGUGCUGUUGUGGUCAGCUAAUAAGGUUUUUGAGGAACUGACAGAUAUUGAGAGGCAAUUCCACAAGGCUUUCUACACAGUGAGAGCGUACCUCAACUGUGACAGGUACUCAGUAGGCCUCCUGGACAUGACCAAGCAGAAGGAAUUUUUUGAUCUGUGGCCAGUCCUGCUGGGAGAAGUUCCUCCCUACUCAGGACCUCGCACUCCGGAUGGCAGAGAAAUAGUCUUUUACAAAGUCAUUGAUUAUAUAUUACAUGGAAAAGAAGACAUUAAAGUCAUCCCAAAUCCUACCCCAGAUCAUUGGGCACUAGUAACUGGACUGCCAACAUAUGUGGCUGAAAGUGGAUUUAUUUGCAACAUUAUGAAUGCUGCUGCAGAUGAGAUGUUUAACUUUCAGGAAGGUCCUCUAGACGAAUCAGGAUGGACUAUCAAAAAUGUUCUCUCCAUGCCAAUAGUCAACAAAAAGGAAGAAAUUGUUGGUGUUGUCACAUUUUAUAACAGAAAAGAUGGGAAACCAUUUGAUGAACAGGACGAGACCCUUAUGGAGUCCCUGACACAGUUUCUGGGCUGGUCCGUACUCAACACAGAUACAUAUGAUAAGAUGAACAAGCUGGAGAACCGGAAAGACAUUGCCCAGGAUAUGGUGCUCUACCAUGUGAAGUGUGACAAGGAUGAAAUUCAGGAAAUUCUGCCAACACGAGAAAAGCUGGGGAAGGAGCCAAAUGAGUGUGAGGAGGAGGAGCUGGCAAGUAUCCUGAAAGAAGAACUCCCAGGGCCCACCAAGUUCGAAAUCUAUGAGUUCAGGUUCUCUGAUUUCGACUGCACCGAGCUGGAGCUGGUGAAGUGUGGCAUUCAGAUGUACUAUGAGCUUGGCGUGGUGAAGAAGUUCCAGAUCCCGCAGGAGGUUCUGGUGAGGUUUGUGUACUCUGUCAGCAAAGGCUACCGGAAGAUAACGUAUCACAACUGGCGCCAUGGCUUCAACGUUGCACAGACCAUGUUCACGCUCCUAAUGACUGGCAAACUGAAGCGUUACUACACAGACCUAGAAGCCCUUGCAAUGGUAACUGCUGCUCUGUGCCACGAUAUCGACCACAGAGGAACCAACAACCUUUACCAGAUGAAAUCUCAAAAUCCAUUAGCUAAACUUCAUGGAUCUUCAAUUUUAGAGAGGCAUCACUUGGAAUUUGGAAAGUUUUUGCUCUCUGAAGAGUCACUGAACAUAUGCCAGAACCUCAACCGGAGACAACAUGAGCACAUGAUUCACCUGAUGGACAUUGCCAUUAUAGCAACAGAUCUGGCACUGUACUUCAAGAAAAGGACAAUGUUCCAGAAGAUCGUUGAUGAGUCUAAGACAUACGAUAACAUGAAUGCCUGGACUGAAUACCUGUCUCUGGAGACGACAAAGAAAGAGGUUGUCAUGGCCAUGAUGAUGACUGCUUGUGAUUUGUCAGCCAUCACUAAACCUUGGGAAGUCCAGAGUAAGGUAGCUCUCCUGGUAGCAGCUGAGUUCUGGGAGCAAGGGGACUUAGAAAUAAGCGUCCUUCAGCAACAGCCCAUUCCCAUGAUGGACAGGAGGAAAGCCGCUGAGCUUCCAAAGCUUCAAGUGGGUUUCAUCGACUUUGUGUGCACGUUUGUCUAUAAGGAAUUCUCACGUUUCCAUGAGGAAAUUCAGCCUAUGCUCGACGGGCUGCUGAACAAUAGGAAUGAAUGGAAGACCCGUGCUGAUGAGUAUGAUGCAAAAAUGAAAGCUCUGGAGGAAGAGAAGAAAAAAGAGGAAGAGAAGAUGGCUGCACAAAAAGAUGGAAUAACCUGUAACGGAGGAACAGCUCCAGCUUCAAAAACCUGCAGUAUACUUUAG